AUGCCUCGUUUGCUCCCCGAGACGUUCCCUUCUACCUGGCGGCUCGCCGGGACGGCACUCUCCUCCUUCCGCUUCGCCGCCGGCGGGCGCAGCAGCCUCAGCCGCCUCGUGCACUCCUCCUUCGAGAAGCUCUCCGCCGAGGAGAAGGGGAGCCUGGAGGCGGCGGGUCCCCUCGCGUGCCCCCUCAGGUCCCGCUCCGUCAUCCGCUUACAGGGCACCGACGUCUUCAAAUUCCUCCAGGGCCUCCUCACCAAUGACGUUCGCCCGCUCGCCGAGCCAUGUUCGCCGGCCUCACCCGCUUCCUCCUCCGCUGCUUCCUCGUAUCUGCCGACGACCAAUCUGCCGCUCUACCAGCCAUCGCCGGUUUACGCGGCGAUGCUCACUCCUCAGGGGCGGUUCCUGUACGAUCUCUUCCUCUACCGGCCUUCUCGACCCGGGGAGAAGCUCGACCGCGCUGGGACCGGUCCAGGGCCUGAGAACCACGACGGGGAUCACACACUAUUUGCAGACGUCGAUGGAAGCCUUCUGGAUGAGCUCUUGGGCUGCUUCAGGAAGUGAGUGUUAGUUCCUCGCCUCUUCCCACUUCUUUGGGUCGCAACAAGCUGAAAAAUUGGGCUACCGGUAAUCAGGCCACCUCACAGUUCUCAUCUACUUCGAAUUCCAAAGAACUGUUCCCUCCCUCUCCCAACCCCACCCUUACAUUCUUCCGUCCUGUUCCGGUAAGCGUCAUGGGACAUGAUUACUAAAUCCUGGGAAAAACCGGCCUCAUUGGACAACGAGAUCGGUUCUUCUGGUAGAAAUAGAACCUGAGUAUUUGAGCUGAAAACACAGCAAUUUUCACCUGCGUUCUACAGAAUUCUCGUUGAGGAGAUUGCUGGCGUUUUUGCUAUUAUCCCCGUUUUUUUUAGGUUUCCGUAGGCCGUUCUUCCUGGUACUCACUCUCUUUUGCGUGAUUCUUUUUUUUUUUUUAAAGAUUUAUUUGCUUAUCUUGACUCUCAGUUCCGGGUCAAGAAUUUUCAUCACUUUCUUCAAGGACAGGAAUGCCCUACUCCUCUGGUUCUUAGUUUCAGGAGAGUGAAAACUGUGCUAUCUUAUUUAUCUCAUGCGAGUAUUGAUGACCCAUGUGAUUAAUUCAACUUCCAAAGCAGCAAAUGUCCCUUUUUUGUCCUAUUUCGUUCAUUCUGUGCUUCUUAAACUCUAAACAUGUGUAUAUAUUAUGUUUUAGUUAGGCUUUUGACGAGAAGAUUUGGAUAGAACUCGCCGUAACCCGAUGUGUGAGCCGAGCAUUUCAAAGAAUAUCAGGCAAACCUGUCUUUUAUUGUCAAAUCGGGUCUUGGAGCUUGCAGUAGAACGCAUGCAUCGCGGUAUAUGUGUAUAAAAAUGCAUAGAUAUCUAUUUAUAUAUAUAUCUAUGUAAAAGUGAAGAAGUUAUGAUUUGCAUUUGAAAUAUUGUGCAAUGUGAAUGGGACCUUGGUUUGAUGCGUGCUCAUGGCUUGUCUCAUUUUAUAUGUAAUUUUGUGCUGUAGAUACAGGCUGAGAUCCAAAGUUGAGAUAGCUGACGUGACAGAAGAAUUGACUUGCUGGCAACGUUUUGGUCGUGGCCUCGAUCAGGGAUCACCCGAGGAACCUGAAGCUGCUGGUCUUGGCUGGGGAGGGGGCGUUGACCUUGCUGGGAUUUCAUCCGCAGAAGGAAACACCUAUGGGUGGCGCUGGUUCAGGGAUCCUAGACUUCUUUCCCUCGGAUUUAGGGGCAUCUUCCCGGCUGACACAAUCCGUAAGACUAUUCAAUCUGAACCCAUACAAUAUAUUAUUUAAGAUCUUACUAAACGUAUGUAGCUUGGAUAUCAUUUAUGGAAAUUCAAGGAGCCAUUUUUAGAACUUGGGUUUUGGUUCCCUCUGCAGCUCCUCUGGUCGAGGCCGAUAAGGAGACGAGUGAAGAGAACUAUCUGAGAUGGAGAUUAGAGAGAGGAGUCGCAGAGGGUUCCACCGAGAUCCCCAAAGGUAACCCCGCCUUCCCCCAAGGACAUGGGGGAGGCCGCAGCAGGCCUCGGCACCUUCUUCAUGACGACUUUCGCAUUCGACUGGACUGAAUGAACUGAACGAAUUGAGUUGCUCCCCUACUCAGGCGAGGCGAUCCCUCUGGAGUACAACCUGGCGGGGCUGAACGCCAUCAGCUUUGACAAGGGCUGCUACGUGGGGCAGGAGUUCGUCGCUCGCACGCACCACCGUGGGGUCAUCCGCAAGCGCCUCCUUCCCUUCAAGAUCGUCGAUAAGACUGGUGCAGGUACGACUCCGCCAGAAGCUCCUUCUGUUUGCGGAAUCACGGUGGCUGAUGUUGAUGAUGCUUGGGUUUCUUCUUUACAUUAAUCUUCCCCACGGGCUUAACAGAGGUGGAGAAGGAGAUAGCUUCUGGGUCGGAUAUUAUGGAUGCGGCCUCCGACAAGAAGGCCGGAACCGUGGGCAUUGUCUUCGGCUCACGUGGGAUGGGACUGCUCAGGCUGGAAGAGGCCUUCAAGUCGCCGUCGUUGACCAUCAAGGGGCAGGAGGGCGUCGAGGUCAAGGUCAUCAGACCAGGCUGGUGGCCGCCCGAAUGGAGGCAAUAA